AUGUUUGAUGAGGAAAACAAUUUGACUUGGAAGAAAUUGACUAGUGCUGGUCCUACAUUAAGCUUGCUUGAUGACAAUGUUAUUUACAUUAUGGCGAACGAGAACAUGUGCCAUCCGACAGCAUAUGUACUUACUGUGGACACCAAAAGUUUGAAGCUCGAGUCUGAGUUGGUUAAAGAAUUUGAAACCAAAGGGACAAUAUUUGAAAUCAAGGAAGGGCUGGUGCUCUCGGUGGUGUCGAAGCGUCUCCGUGUGCUGCGGAAGAAGCAGAAUCGCAUCGCGCAGAUGGAGGAGUCCGUCGCUGCCGGCAAGAUGCUUAACCAGGAGCAGAAGGAGCUCAUGCACUCCAAGCCCGUCAUCGCCGCGCUCAUUGACGAGCUUGAGCGCCUCCGCGUACCACUCUCCACUGCUCUCACCAAGGAGCUCUCCACCGUCCCUGCACCUGCUGCUGGUUCCUCAUCCUUUGGCUCCGAUUUGUCCAUCCAGGACCUCCUCGCGCUCAUCUACUUCGGCUCCCUUUUUUAUGUCAAGUCACCGAACGAGUUCAUCGCCACCAUGGUUGCGCGCAAGAACGAACGGAGCAGCUGCAUCACCCACGGCUACGUAUGGGAUGAUACCGUGGACCUGCUCGUGGAGAACGACCUUGACGCAGUGUCUGCUGUGGCGGCCCUUGCCGCGGCUCGCCCUUCUUCCGCAGAUGGUGUCUCCCACCAUGACGCACUCCAGGCCUGUGCCCAUCAUGCCCGCCUAUGGCUAACCCGUGCUGAUGCGCCGAUCCACCCUGGCUCCUCUGUUACAUAUGCUGCGGUGAGGUCCAAGUUAGACAGGAUCAUGGCAUCAGACUACUACACAGCACCUGCAGUUGCUGGGAACCAUGGAGCUGAAGGUCUGCAGGCACAGAUGAGCAUGACCGACUCACCAGAGGCACCAUCACUCAAGGAGACCCUAGCUGCUGAAAAUCACAAGGAGGACGAGGAAGAUUCCUCGCAUGCCAUAGAAAUCGACAAUGAUCAUCAGUCUAAUGCAGCCGAUGUGCAAAAUGUGGAUGGUAAAACCCUGGUGAACCCUCGUGUGGAAUAUCGCGUGGCUGAGGCAGAGCAGGAGAAAUUUGAUGUGAAAGAACAAGAUCAGAUGUAUGCCGAGCCAAAAAAGCGACAGUUUCAGCACCCUCGGCAAUCUUGUCAGAACCAGCGAGGUGGUGAUCGUGGCUGGAGGGGGGCCUACCCUAAUGGCCGCAGCGGGCAUGGAGGCGGCCGUGGCAUGGGCAGCAGAUACGAGAAUGGGCGUGGAGGUGGUGGUGGUGGCGGCCGUGGCAUGGGCAGUGGAUACGAGAAUGGGCGUGGAGGUGGUGGUGGUGGUGGCUGUGGCAUGGGCAGCGGAUACGAAAAUGGGUGUGGAGGUGGUGGUGGAUACCAGAAUGACCGGGGUUGUGGUGGCGGAUACCAGAAUGGCCGGGAUGGUGGUGGCAGCAGCGGGUAUCAGAACAGCCGGGGUGGUGGUGGCGGUGGUGGGUACCAGAACAGCCGGGGUGGUGGUGGCAGCGGCCGGUACCAGAAUAGCCGGGGUGGUGGUGGUGGCGGCGGGUACUACAACAACGACGAUGGGUACUACCAGCCGAGGAACUUGAACAACAGGGGCAGGGGCGCAGGGAGGUGGCCACGCGGACACCGAGAGGAUUGAGGCAAUGGCAUAUGUGGAAGUCUGGGAGGUCAGGAGAGGGAAGGGGCAAUGUGAAAGUCUGGGAGCCAUUUUGUUAUUAUAGAACUACGGAGUAUGUAAUAACCUAGCCUGUGGGUAUGUCGCAAUCCAGUCCCUCCCCAUCUGCGAGUUUUUUUGUUGCUCCAAUGAGUGCAUAAUGGUUGGUUGGUAAAUGUGGAAUCUCGUUGAAAGUAGCUUCAGGUCAUACAUGUGUUGCUUCUUUUUCUGGCUGUGUGAGUUGUCAUAUAUUUCCGGUUGGUUUAUUAUUUUUGUUAGAUGUCUUUCUACGUCAUUCCUGUUCA